GAUAUUAUUGUCUCUUUUACCCUACUCUUUCACACUCAUUCAUGUCCCCAAAUUCUAUGUUUUUGAAGCUCCCAUUUCUUUUCAUUUAGUGGGGUUCCACCCAAAACCACAAAUUCAACUCAAAUCAAGUUCAAAUCUUUGAUUUCUAUAAGGGUUUCAAGAAAAAGCUUCAUCUUUGUGUUUUCUGUUUGUGGAUUUCUCUUUCCUCGAUCCGUGUGUUUCAGCUCUGCAAAUUUCAUAAUAUGGGUAAGGUAACGGUGGCGGCGGCGGUGGUUUGCGCCGCUGCUGUCUCUGCGGCGGCGGUCUUGGUGGUUCGCCAUCGGAUGCGGAACUCCGGGAAGUGGGCAAAGGCUAUGGAAAUACUGAGGGUGUUUGAAGACAAGUGUGGGACUCCGGUAGCCAAGCUCCGGCAAGUUGCCGAUGCUAUGACCGUCGAGAUGCACGCCGGACUUGCCUCCGAUGGCGGCAGCAAGCUCAAGAUGCUUAUCAGCUACGUUGAUAACCUCCCUACUGGGGACGAAACUGGAAUUUUCUAUGCUCUUGAUCUCGGGGGUACAAACUUUCGUGUUCUUCGUGUGAAGUUGGGUGGACCGGAAAAUGUGAAGAAAGAAUUUCAAGAAGUUUCGAUUCCUCCGAAUCUGAUGAUUGGGAAAUGUGAAGAUUUAUUUGAUUUCAUCGCUGGAGAACUUGCGAAAUUUGUGGCUACGGAGGGCGAAGAAAUGCAAAUUCCGGCUGGCACUCAGCGAGAACUCGGGUUUACGUUUUCAUUUCCCGUCAAGCAAUCAUCAAUUGCAGGAGGGACUCUGGUUCGAUGGACAAAAGGCUUCAACAUUGAGGAUGCAGUCGGGCAGGAUGUCGUGGAGGAGCUGACGAAAUCGAUGGAAAGGGUUGGCCUUGAUAUGCGUGUUGCCGCGUUGGUGAAUGAUACGGUCGGAACUUUAGCAGGGGGACGAUAUAGUAAUCCCGAUGUACUUGCUGCUGUUAUAUUAGGUACCGGAACUAAUGCUGCAUAUGUGGAGCGAGCAAACGCGAUCCCCAAAUGGCAAGGCCUGCUUCCCAAAUCGGGAGAGAUGGUUAUAAACAUGGAAUGGGGCAACUUCCGAUCGUCCCAUCUUCCGUUGACGGAGUAUGACGAAAAUCUUGAUACCGAUAGCUUAAACCCCGGAGAACAGAUAUUCGAGAAGAUAAUUUCUGGCAUGUAUUUGGGAGAAAUCGUGAGGCGGGUCUUGUUGAAAAUGGCUGAAGAAGCCGAGUUUUUCGGUGAUAUCGUACCAUCCAAACUGCAAAAGCCGUUCAUAUUAAGGACCCCGGAUAUGUCUGCGAUGCACCAUGACUCGACCCCCGACCUCAAAGUGGUUGCAGCCAAGUUGAAAGAUGUUCUUGAGAUAUCCAACACUUCUCUAAAGAUGAGAAAAGUGAUUGUGGAGCUCUGCGAUAUCGUUGCGACUCGCGGUGCUCGCCUCUCGGCAGCCGGAAUCCUCGGAAUCCUCCAAAAAAUCGGUAGGGAUACCGUCAGAGAAGGAGAGGAAAACCAGAAAUCCGUGAUCGCAAUGGACGGCGGGCUGUUCGAACACUACACAAAGUUCCGGGACACGAUGCGAAACGCGAUGAACGAGCUGUUAGGCGAAGAAGCUUCUAAGAACAUGGUGAUCGAGCUAUCGAACGACGGUUCUGGGCUUGGAGCGGCCCUGCUUGCGGCCUCUCAUUCCCAAUAUCGUGAAUACAUCGAGUCUUGAUGUAUCUUUUUUGUACAUUUGUCACGUUUUUUUUUCCGCCGGCCAGGGGUUUUUCGAGGACCUUUUUGUCUUUUUGACAUUUGUUUGCAAGAGUCCUCCCCAUAAGUUAUGGGGGCUGCAACAUACAAGGGCAGACCCUUGAUCUCUUGUAUUGUUGUUUUAAGGUUAUUGUUAUUAUCAUAUCAUAGCGAAUAAAUCAAGACAUUGGAAACUCGAUAUGUCAAAAAGUCGCAGGUUUGA